AUGAAGCGAGAUGAUCCGGGACAGAUUGAGCGGACCUCAGAACGCAAGCGAUUGCGGAAGCUUGGAGACUCUGUCAGCCUUGACGAGCAAAAGUCCGGCGCCUAUUACGCAAAUGAAGUGCUCUCUGAGCACUACUUUACGGAGACCAUGUGGACGGAAAUUUUUGACAUCUAUCGCCUUCACUUCGCUACCGAGCUCUCGUUCCUGCACCUGGCCACACUGAAAGAGCAAAUGGGCGACAAAAUGAGGGCCAGUCAGACUCGUCGCUCAGACGGCACAAAUCUGGUUUUGCUUGGUGUUCUCACCCUGACGGCUCGUUUUCAUACUGAUCUUGUCAGGCGAAUCACCUUUCCCCAUGGGAAUCACAGCGGCAACCGGUCCAACCCUUCGAGUACGGCUAAAAGCGACCCAUGGGCAGCCUCAGAAUACUUUGCCAGUGUUCUGUCAGGAGCUUUGGGCCCUCUCUCCGCGUGCGUGAGAAUGGCCACAGUUGAACGUGUCCAGGCGUUUUUGAUGCUGGGUUUAUAUGAGUGGAUACGACCUAGCAGACGGGACGACUCGGACGACGCCAGGUCCGACAGUAUGGGUGCUUGGAUGUACGUGGGUUUUGCUAUCCGCAUGGCCGAGGGCUUGGAAAUGGGGAUCGGUGAUGACAAGCCUCCUCACCUUCGCCGUCGUUUGGCUGCGUCCGCAUCCACUACCUUUCCAACGACGGCAGCAGGAACAGAGACCGGCAGCAGGACUAAUGCCGAUGCCAGACUUGAAGCUGCUCCACGCCCAGAAACUGAUUUACCGGAUCUGUACAGAGAAGGAACCGGCACCGUUUCUCAAAAUGUUAACGACGCAGAGGCCCUCAAAGAGAUUGUUACCAGCGAGGUGCGGCGACGUACUAUGUUUAGCUGCUUUGUUUUGGAUCGUAUGUUGGCCUGCGGUAAGAACCGUUCGGCCAUGAUCCGCUCUGAAAACGUCAAGAUACAGCUUCCUUGCUCCGAAAUUGCGUUUGAUUUGUCCUUUGAGACCUUCACUGGGUACCUGCGGCCCCGCCCUGAGGUCGGGAUUCAUGUAGCUGGACCUCCGGAUUCGGGGGAAGUCGCAUCGGAUGUCAACGAUAGCUUGCUGGCCCGCUUCAAUCUUCUUGUCGAUAUAUGGGGCGAGAUCUCCGAGUACAGUUUCGCAGGAGGCAGGCACACAGAAGAGCAACCGCCAUGGGAAGAAUCCAAAUUCCGUCGACUGCGUGGGAAACUCGAGAGCUUUUAUGCGCACCUUCCGUCUACGUUCACCUUUUCAACUGCCAACUACCACAAGCACGAAAACCACAACGCGUCGACCGAGUACGUAUCGCUUCAUAUGCUUUUUGCCGUCUGUCAGAUUAUGCUGCACCGCGAGUACACCCCGUUUAUCCCGAUCCGGUGUAUGCGCCCAAUGGGGCCACUCGACGAGCCAACGUUUCCCGAAGGAAGUGCGCCUCGAAUGUUCUGGGAACAGAGUGCAGACACGAUGUUUGAAGCUGCCUACAAUAUUAUCGAGCUGAUUGAAAUCUGCCAGACCCGAAAGCAAAUGCCAAUGUCAGCACUGGUAGUUUUUGCAGUGUGGACGGCAGCAUUCGUGGGCAUAUACGCGUGGCAUUUCCCACGAAUGGACAAAAAUCACCGCAUGGUGACCCAGCUCGAUGCUGAACGCAAUGGAAGACGCGGACCUGUGUUGUCCAACAACGACGACCGGCGGGUCUCCACACACGGGCCGACAGCGGCUGCUUUUGAGGCCCUGAAAAGUAUGGGCACAUGGCUUCAAAUGGCAACUACCUAUGUCAAGUAUUUCCACGAGAUGGAUGAAUACUACGAGGGUGUUAAAAAGGAAUAUUGGGUGCAUGUAGAGAAACACGGCGGAGAGACGGGCAGGCACAAGAGUGUCCGGCAAGGUGGCAAUGAUGGCGGCCUUGAUGAGUGGAAGGUCCACGGACCGAAAGUGAUGAACAUUGGGAAGAUCUCUGCAGCCGAAGAAGCAGGCUCUGAGGGGGUGGAACUUCCGGCUGAUGGCAACAAACGUGACAGAGACAACGCCAACAAACAUAUUGCACCAGAGCCACACUUAGUGGAGUCUGCAAAAACUUCUAGGUCGCAGCUGAAACGGGAAGCGGUCGAUGGCCCUUCGUCCUAUAGCAAUACACAAGAUGCCAUCGGUCAAGACGGAGGGGAAGGACCACGACAAGGGCAUCAGCAGCAGCAGCAGCAGCAACAAGAGUAUGCCAUCGACGAAAAUACCGCAGUGGAUGGCGGAGAAGGUGCUACAACGGUGGCAACUGCGGUGCCGGGUGACAGUUUGCAAGGCAUUUUGUAUGGAGGCGAGAAUGCCGCGCAAUUUCCCGGAGACGACAUCGACAACGGUGUUGAUGAGAACAACAAUGGCAGCGGCGCGAUGCAAGCUAUCCCAGAGGAACAAUGGGACCAGUUUGCGCAGCAUGCACAAGAGCAGCAUCCGGCUCAAAUGUAUGCUCAGGGUCCUCUGUCCCAGACACAAGCCAGCUCCUCGAAUUUCUCGCCAGAAGACUGCCUGCCGAGUGAUGUGGCGACAGACUUCCAAUUUGAUCUGUUUUAUCCGCCUUUGGCCAAUGUCGAGCCAUACGUCAGCACCCUUGAGGGCAAGCGAUGGCAGGAUGCCAGCCAAGCUGUGGGCAUCGAGCGUUUCUCGCAGGCGGAACUGGACGGCCCAGCCGUUUGGGGCGCGUCGUAUUUUGGCGCUGAAUAUCAAACUGGAGGUUUCCAGUCUUGA